AUGCCGUAUCCAAGCAAAAGUUAUUCCAUAACUGGUGGGCUCCGAGCAUUGCAAGUCUGUCUUGUGUUAGGAUGUUAUGCGCAAUCGGACUUUGCAAUAUCCUUGUUCAGAGAAUUGAGUUAUGUAGAAGAGGGAAAUGGGCUAGGAAGGGUUAGGUGCAAGUGCAAGUUAUUGUUUGGAAGGGGAGUGAUUUGGCUUUUGGCCCUGUGCCAAGUAACGUUUCCCCUCUUUCUUAGCUUUCAGUUUCCGUAUAUUCUUUUGGAAAUUAUAUUCGAAGGUGACCCAGAAUAUUUUAAGUUGAGUGAGCAGAAAGGACACCGUGUACCCUGUCAACUGAUGGCCUUGAAUAAUCUUAUUUCGAUAUCUGAAGAACUUGAUAGUUAUGGUGUAUCUCUAUCUGCUGAAAUAUCGAAAGGAAAAGGCAAGACUCUUAGGAAUUGUAAUUCAGAAACAGAGCUUGCGCUUCAGGGCUGCAGCUAUUUCUUGGCAGGAUCAAAAGUACAUGACUACAAGUGA